AGGGGUGUUGCUAUUUCCGGACCCGGCCUCGACUUCUGGGCAAAGGGAACUGCAAUUCCCAGCGCGCCCUGCGGCCUACAGGUCCCGGUAGGCGUUGUAGCUGCGUUUAAGGCUCUGGCUCCGACGUGGUGACGAAUGUAGUUGCCACGGAGUUGCGCAGAGUAUACCUAAAGUAGUGGGACGCAGAGGCUGCAAGUGAGGCUACUGCAGGGUCCUGCUAUGUAGUUCAGGCUGGCCUGGAACUAUGUAGCCUCAGCUCAUCUCAAACUCGCAGUGAUCCUCCUGCCUCAGCCUCCCAAGGACUGGGAUUUCAGGGAGUAUUUCCAUUUUAACAGGGAACAAUCCCUGAACCAAAAGGAAUGAAUCUCUAAUGGUGGAGUUUCAGGCAUCAGUGACAGGCUGCACCCAGACCCCCAGGGCCGGUGCCUGCAGGUGACAAAUGACGGCCUGAACUAUGAGCAAGCAAGGCCACAUGAACUCUUCAGUGCAGGAGCCCCCUCUUGACUACUCCUUCAAAAGCAUCCAUGUUAUCCAAGAUCUGGUCAGUGAGGAGCCAAGAACAGGGCUACGACCACUGAAGCAUUCAAAGUCCGGGAAGUCACUGACCCAGUCCCUGUGGCUGAACAACAAUGUCCUCAGCGACCUGAGAGAUUUCAACCAGAUGGUUUCACAGCUGCUGGAGCACCCAGAGAACCUGGCCUGGAUCGACCUAUCCUUCAAUGACCUGACUUCCAUUGAUUCUGUCCUAACGACAUUUUUCAACCUGAGUGUCCUCUACCUUCAUGGCAACAGCAUCCACCACCUGGGGGAGGUGAAUAAACUAGCUGUCCUCCCUCGGCUCCGGAGUUUGACACUCCAUGGGAACCCCAUAGAGGAAGAAAAGGGGUAUAGGCAGUAUGUGUUGUGCAGUCUGCCCCGUAUCACCACGUUCGACUUCAGUGGGGUCACCAAAACAGACCGAACCACAGCUGAGGUCUGGAAAUGCAUGAACAUCAAGACCAAGAAGGCACACUUCAAGGAGAAUGCACUCUGAGCUUCCCUUGGGACUACAGCCUCGAGGACAGUCAGCCUGGCUGAACAAUAAUAAAUGAUUUGAGCUGUUCAGCAGA